GCUGUCAUUCCACAGUUGUUCAUUAACACGUGCAGGACAGGUAGACAGGCUUGCACUAAGGUGGAGGAUUAUUGACCUCAGGCUCCCACGAGGGGAACAGUUUGUACAAAGAGCUUCUUUCUUGAGUUUGAUCUCUGCGUUUUCGCCGGCGUUUCCUCGAAGUAUCUGGAUUCACCUUUCAGAACAUUUCCCGUGUUUUUGGACAAUGACUGUUAGACUUUUGCUUAGUCACGGGGGAAGCUUGUAAACUUCUGCUUUUCACUCUUUCAUCUUCAGCGGAGAGGAUCUGGUCUGGUGGACAGAUGUAAAGACUUUAGUUUUUCAGCCUCUCACCUGCCCCGAGGUUUAAAUGUUUGUCAUGUAGAAACUCUGGAGGUUAAGCUGAAUUUCUGCCUGAGAGAGUAAAAAUCCUGGAGGUCAAGAUGCACUGCUGGCACAGUUUACUUUACCUGGGAGUGCUGACAGCGACGGUGCUGGGCAACAAAAUAUUUGAUGACUGUUUGUCUCGUAAAUACACCAUCAAUGUUGUGCUGCUGGAGGACAACACGUAUGAGUGGAGUCUGCCGCUGGUAAAGAAGGCUGUGGAGGAAGCCAUUGUUGUGGAUGCAAUGGAGAACGAGGCACAAGGAUUGGACUUCAGGCUGACGGCGAACUACAACAGCUUCAACACCACCAUCUACAGACGUCAGGGCUGUGGCAGCAGCACAUGUGAGGGGGUGGCAAUACUCAAGAAGCUGUAUGAAAAUGGAGAAAUUGGGUGUAUCAUGCUGGGACCGUCUUGCACCUACGCCACCUACCAGUUGGUGGAUCAAGAAAUUGGCCUCAGUCUGAGCAUCCCCAUCAUCUCCGCCGGCAGUUUCGGCCUGUCGUGUAACUACAAACCCAAACUGACACGAAUUUUGCCUCCAGCAAGAAAAAUAUCCAACUUCCUCCUUAACUUCCUAGAACAAACUCAUUCAUUCAAGAGGGAGUGGAACACUGUGUAUGUCUACAAAUUGAACAGUAAUUCAUCAGAGGACUGUUUCUGGUACAUUAAUGCUUUGGAAGCGCCCUCAGAAAAGUUCGCAACAAACGUAAACAGAUACAUGCUGCGUGGUGAGAAAGAGCUGAAGGAUGCUCUGAAAGAUGAGAAGAGAAAAAGCAACAUUUUCAUCAUGUGUGGGAGCCGUAAUGAGAUCGCGUCCAUUAAGGCCGAGACCGGGCCGAUACACGAGGACAUCAUGUUCAUGCUGCUGGACAUUUACAGCCCAGAUUAUUAUGUCAAUACCACGUCUGGUGAACUGAUGAAGAACGUUCUGGUGAUGACGCUUCCACAGAGGAACUACAACAGCACGAUCAAUGACUACGUUGUUGGAUAUCACGAUGGAACCCUGCUGUUUGGGAAGGUGCUCCGAGAGAAAAUGAUGAGUCAGCAGAACAACAGGAGAGUGGAUAAAGAUCCCUUGACCUCUAAUCCAUUUGGAAACGUCAUCUUUGAUGGAAUGGGAGGUCAUUAUGUACUUGAUGAAUACGGUGACAGAGACGUGAACUACUCCAUCAUCUACACGUCAACGGUCACUGGAAAGUACACAACACUGGCCGUGUUCGAUUCAUCAACGAAUGAGACGAGAGUGAUCGACAUGAACCCCUCUCUGCCCUGGAAAGAUAAUCGUCUGCCUGAUGAUGUUCCAGAAGAUCGUCACCGUAUAAGUUUUCAGGAUGUGAUUGUGAUUGUUCUGAGCAUCAGUGUCGUAGUGGUGACUUUCGUCGCCCUAAUCUUCUACAGGCAGAAUAGAAAGGAGCGUCUCAUGCAGAAGAAAUGGUCACACAUCGACGCACAUCUGAUUGGUCCUCUGGAUCAGAAAGAAGUAUCACUGAAGAUUGAUGAAGAUAAGAGAAAAGACAGCACGUUUUUCUCUCACCGAGGCUGCUACGACAAAAAGCCCAUCAUCCUGAAAGAGUUGAAACACCUGGACACAGACUUCACGGAGGAACAGAAGAUCGAACUCAACACUCUGCUCCGGAUCGAUUAUUACAACCUAACCAAGUUCUACGGGACGGUCAAGUUUGAGUACGGUGUGUUUGGAGUGUUUGAGCUGUGCCAACGUGGGUCCCUCAGGUACAUUCUGAAUGACAGGAUCGCCUACCCAGAUGAAACAUUCAUGGACAUGGAAUUUAAGAUAUCAGUCAUGAAUGACAUUGCAAAGGGCAUGUCCUAUCUUCACUCCAGUAAUAUUGAGACACAUGGACGCCUCAAGUCCACAAACUGUGUGGUUGACAACCGUAUGGUGGUCAAAAUCACCGACUUCGGCUGCAACACCAUCCUGAGCCCAGGCAGAGAUCUGUGGAUAGCACCGGAGCAUCUUCGUAAAGGUGGAGUCUCCCAGAAAGGUGAUGUCUACAGCUAUGCCAUCAUUGCCCAUGAGAUCAUGAUGAGGCAAACUCCCUUCUACACACAGCACUGCUCUGAUAUUAAAGAGAAGAUCCAGAGAGUGCAGUAUCCUAAUGGCAUAGCAGUGUUUAGACCUGAUCUGAACUUCGACGGAGCCUCAGAGAGGGAGGCUGAGUUAUAUUUGCUGAUGAAAAACUGCUGGGAUGAAGACCCAGAGCGGAGACCGGAUUUUAGAAGAAUAGAGGUGGCACUGGGUAAAAUAUUCAGUAACCUACACAACCAGGCCACUGAGACGUACAUGGACAACCUGAUCCGCCGUCUGCAGAACUACUCCAGGACUUUGGAGCAUCUGGUGGAGGACAGAACGCAGCUUUACAAAAAUGAGAGAGACAGAGCUGAUCGCCUCAACUUUAUGCUGCUGCCUGGCCCAGUGGUGCGUUCGUUGAAGGAGACCGGCAGAGUGGAGCCAGAGCUGUUUGAGGAGGUGACCAUUUAUUUUAGCGACAUUGUGGGCUUCACCACGCUCUGUCACUACAGCACCCCCAUGGAGGUGGUCGACAUGCUCAAUGAUAUCUACAAGAACUUUGACAGCAUCCUAGACCACCAUGAUGUCUACAAGGUUGAGACAAUAGGAGAUGCAUAUAUGGUUGCGUCAGGCUUGCCCAAACGAAAUGGUGACAGACAUGCAGUUGACAUCGCCCACAUGGCCCUGGACAUCCUGUCUUUUGUGGGGACGUUUGAGCUGGAGCACCUGCCUGGUAUCCCUCUGUGGAUUCGUAUUGGUGUGCAUUCAGGUCCGUGUGCUGCAGGAGUGGUGGGGAACAAGAUGCCUCGCUACUGUCUUUUUGGAGACACGGUCAACACUGCCUCACGCAUGGAGUCCACAGGACUACCUCUGAGAAUCCAUGUCAGCCAGUCCACCAUCAACACCCUGCAGAGAACUGACCGCAUGUUUGAGUAUGAACAGAGAGGAGAGACGUAUCUCAAGGGUAAAGGUAAAGAAAUGACGUACUGGUUAACAGGAGUGACUGGAGGACAGUACAACCUUCCAACACCACCAACAGCAGAGAACUUUCAGCGGCUCCAGCAGGACCUGGCUGAAAUGAUUGUGUCCAGUUUGAAGAAACGUGGAGGAGGGAGAGAGAGCUUCGAGAAGAGGAAGACACUGUCCACCAAAGUCCGUCACAGGGAGAGAGGUAGCAGUGUGCGGAGUGACGGGCAGCCAGAGUACUUUCAUCUAGUGGCUAAUGAAAACCCCAGUACUUUCUUAUGAAUCCAGACCAAUGGCAGACUUUGCCUGAGUCUGUCUGUUGCUGAGCAAGUUUGUAAUGUGAUAUAUGAAAUUAUUAAAAUAUAUAUAAUAAUUAUAAUAAUUCUGGCUGUUAAAGUACAACAUAGUCUGGUACUAAAACUCCUAAAUAUUCUUAUGGCCUUUAGUGGAAUGGUGUGGAUACAUGUAACAGAAAGAUUCAUAAAAGAAAAGCCAUGGGAGGAGAUUGAUUUAUUUUUUACCUCAGACCUCUAAAAUUGUUUUUUGUUGUCACUCCCAAUACAUCUCCAGCUGAAAAAACGGUGAAAAACAAGUGCUAAAAUAAAGCUGCCUUUAUUAAUAAAGAUUCAAAUUCUGUAUAUUAUUCAAUUUGACAAUGUCUGCUUUGAAGUAAAUCUUAGCAGAACGUGGACAUUAUAUUUUUUAGUUUUGUUUUUUGGUGGUUUUUCAAAUUUUUUAUAAUAGGAUAUUUUAGGUUUAGUCAGUCUACAAAUGGUUUUAUCUUCCAUAUAGUUUCUGGUGAAUUUAAAGUAAAAUAUUUGCCAUUCUCAGAGAAGCAAUCUUCUCGUAAAAGUGCCUUAUUUGUGCCUUUUAAGUUGUGAAUUUUAUCCUGACAGGAAUUCUUGCAUAAAUUGUGCUUACCUUGAGUUUGUGGAAACGGUUCUCUUUUUAAAUAAGAAGAUCGCCGAUUCAGAAGACUGAAAAAUGUACUAAAAUAAAUGUACUAAAAUAGAAAAUUUUACAUUAACUUCAAAAAUAGCUACAUCUUUAUUUCAUAACUAUGCUACCUUGAUUUAAGCACCUGAGCCAUAUAUCCAUGAUUGUUUUGGUGUUCUAAUAAAUAACAUUUGAAAUAA